UUCACAAUGCUCAACCAUGAUUGGUGAGAUUACGAGCAGACUCAGGCCCUUAUUGCUCAAACUCGUGCUGUGAUUGAUUGAACUCUCUCGUUGCUCUGAAAUAAGAAGUGCGUAGUCGAUCAACCAAACAAUCUAGGGGCAAGCAGUAUCUUUGUUCUCCAGUGGCAUAACUGGGUUAAAUGAGCUAAAAGGGUUUGGAAUAGGAUCCAGAUGUACGACGCAAAACAAACUCCUGAUGACCAUGAACGUGUCUGUUGGAAAACCUCUAAUUGAACGAUCCAGCAGUACUUACUCUUUACUGAGCUCUUGUUUUGCCUAGUUAGAGCGCCUCUGAUUGCCUUGAUGUAUAAUUUGGUCGAUUCUAAUCACUUUCCAUGUUAAAUACUUUUUUUACCAUUAGUAUUGUAUAUUUUUUAAUAAUUUUUUUUUUAGGAAACUGGCAGAAAAUAAACAAAGAGUCCGUUUGCUUUGGGGCGCGAGAUAACCAGUUCGGCGCCUUUAACAUCACAAAGAGUGGACUUCUCAAGACAGUGAAGCUCGUCCACAAGUCGGGCUCGAUCAUAUGUAACCGAAAUUUCCCUCCAUCCUACUGGGGCUGCAGUACAAGCCCCUACUAUAGCAAAAACAGCUUAAUGACUAUCAUUACCAGUGCAAAGAAAGAAGCCAUCCUGCCACCAGCUGGAGACUUAAAAGCUGGCGUUGAAAACAAAAACCACUUUUACAGUCUUAAUGGAACUACCCACACAUCUCCAGAGCUUAUUUUCCGCGAUCUUCCCAUUCAGGUGUCUGUGUCACGCAAUCAGGAGCUGCAGAUAUGGUUCGGACAGGAUUGGACCGAUUGGAGUGAAGAGAAUAAUAGUGGAACAACAUGUGUUGAUGUGUAUGCGUGGUAUGCUUAAAAUCACAUGAGCCGCUGACUUAUCUGAAACUGUCAAAGCUAAAAAGUUAACUGAAGUUUAAUUUAAACACACAAUAAAAACGUGAACGUAAACUCGACUCCUAUUAAUCUUGACUAGAAUUAAAAUCUUGUUACUUUGGGAAAAAAAUGUUUUAAGUCACUAAAAAAUAUUACAUAAGAAUCUUCGUUUACAAUAGCAUAUAAAAACAAUUCAGACUUUGAUUAAGCUGCAAAAAUAUAAGUUCUGAAUGUUGAAAGGGCAUAGAUAAAACACGCAUUGUAUGUGCUGUCGUUUUUAUAAAAUUUCGGCCAGCGCUAAGGGUGAAUACAAACCAAUAUUAACUACAGUAGUGCAAGGGUGCUAAGAAAAGUUUGUAAGUUACACAUAUUUACAAAAAGUACUUAGCUUAUUCAAGUCAAACAUAAAGCAUAAGUAACUGUAGACACUGGAAUGAAUUUUAAGCGGCUCGUAUUUGUUAGAAAAAUAUACAUUACUUGUCUCGCUUUUCAGUUGUACCUGUGUACAUCGUGACCUACGUCUUAAGGCUUUUCGCCUUUUCUUUUUAUCCUUUUCUGAUCUUUUUGCUGCAGUGGUGGACCUUCUUCUGGGCUUGCAACCAGUGGAACAAUUCCCGAGAAAGCAUCAUCGAGACGGGCAAUUCUCACAACGGAAUAGCCAAGUGCAGUUGAGGGAAAAUUUGCUCAAGCUUUCAAUGAAAUUUCUAAACUUUUUCGUACAUAUUUAAUUGUCUUAUAAUAAUUGACCCAAUCACUCUGAUCUGGGUAUCAUUGGAAACUGGAUCUUUUCCUCCUUCAGAACUUGAGUAUAAGUGAUGCCAAUUUUGGUUGAAGGUGAUGACGUCAGAAGUGGAACAAAGGCCAACGCUCACCACAGCCGGUAACUGCCGACACAGGUGUCAAUGGGUCAAGGGAGAUGGGUAUCCCUUUCUUGUCCCUAUAGCCCUUUUCACGUUUCUUAGCCGGCGGGUUUUGGCAAGAGAAAUGAAGGGCCCUUCGUUUCGCAUGCUAAGGCCCUGCCUGCUAAGAGACGCGAAAAGGGCUAUGGGGACGAAAAUAGGAUAUUCCAGAAUGUGGACAACCUGUGAAGCAGUCCAAAAGAAAAACAAACCUGAAUUGGCCCUUUUCCUGUAAAAUUACUUUCUAAUAAUAAAAUCUUAAAAAGGUUGUUGUCACUGACUUAAAAAUCUUAAAAUAGACGUUUCGGCUAAAAUAC